GAGGACUGGAAUGUAUUACCAAAUCAAAGUUAUCCUUGCUACCAACACGCCCACCCAGCUGGAGAUUGCCAUGGACACCAUGAUUAGAAUCUUCCACCGCUACUCCUGCAAGGAGGGGGACAGGUUUAAGAUCAACAAGGGGGAGCUGAAAAUGCUCCUGCAGGGAGACCUCGCAGAAUUCCUCUCGUGUCAAAAGAAUCCCGAGUUGGUUGAUAAGAUAAUGCAGGACCUGGAUGCCAAUAAGGACAAGGAAGUGGAUUUUAAUGAAUUCGUGGUCAUGGUGGCAACUCUGACGGUUGCUUGUAAUGAUUACUUUGUAGAACAAUUGAAGAAGAAAGGAAAGACAAGUAGUAAGCUAAUCUAA